UGUUCAGGUGAGACCAGGACACCUAGCUACCAGGACCAGUAUGUGUUCAGGUGAGACCAGGACACCUAGCUACCAGGACCAGUAUGUGUUCAGGUGAGACCAGGACACCUAGCUACCAGGACCAGUAUGUGUUCAGGUGAGACCAGGACACCUAGCUACCAGGACCAGUAUGUGUUCAGGUGAGACCAGGACACCUAGCUACCAGGACCAGUUUGUGUUUGUGUUCAGGUGAGACCAGGACACCUAGCUACCAGGACCAGUAUGUGUUUGUGUUCAGGUGAGACCAGGACACCUAGCUACCAGGAACAGUAUGUGUUUGUGUUCAGGAUUGGCUCUGUGACAGUAACAGAUCAGUACCAGUAUUCUGACAUGUUGCCGGGAGACGAGGAUGCCUUCUCCAGAGAACCCUUCAUCGUCCGCCUUCACACCCCCAAGACAGCCAUACGGGACUUUGUGUUAGUACCCCAGCACACCACUCCCACCAACGCUACUAAAGAGAUCGAUGCCCUCUACGAUGUCUUCCUGGAUGUCAAGAAGAAAUGGAAGACCGAGAUGGUGAUGUUCCUAGGGAUUUUAACUGUGGCAUGUGACACACUUUAA